GUGACCUGCCCCGCAGUUCGAACUUCAAAUACGAGGCAGGCGAUGACUCUACUGCAGUUUAGAAUUUUAGAUCAUACCAUAUCACCUUUAAUAUUCUCCCCUCUAGGCUAAGUCUGAUAACGAAUCAACUAACUUAUACAACAAUCGUGUACACACUCCACAAGCAAAAUGCUCAUCGCCGUAGUCCCCGCUUCACCCAAAACAGGCCAGGCGGCAAUCCGCGCCCUACUCAACUCCACCCAAACCACCAAACCUAUCAGCGUGAAAGGCGUAUACAGGGAUCUCGCUCGAGUAUCGGAAGAGUUCCUUUCCAACCCUCAUUUCCAAGCAGUCAAGGGCGAUGUAAGCGACGCAACGAGCCUGGAUCUCACCGGCGUCGACGCCGUUCUGGCAAUCACCCCUCCGCGAUACGAUGGUUCGGACAUUCUGGCUUGUGCAAGGACAGCAUCGGAGAAUACGCGCCUAGCCAUUCAGAAAUCGGGAUCUGUUAAGCGUCUGGUUCUGCUUUCUAGUAUGGGAGCUGAGCAUGAGUCGGGGACUGUGGGUUUCUUUUCAGUUCAUUUGUGACAAAGAAAGGGAAGUAACUAAAGAUGCGACUAGGGGGAAAUCAUGACAAACCAUAU